AUGGCUUCUGUCGACACCGAGACGCCCUCCGCUCUCCACAAGCAGCUCCUGGAACUGCAACGCGGGAUAAGGGAGAUGCAAGACAACUUGAACCUCGACUUAUAUCAACGCGUCGGCCUGCCUGUCGGUGGGGACCUCAACGCGUGGCGUGAGAACCUCCUCGAUGAGCUCGCCGUGAUGUAUGCAGCAGAUUGCGCAGAUAUCUUGCAGAAGCUUCGAGGCAUGGCGGAGACUGCUCGCUCCGCCGAAGACGACGGGACCAUACCUCGAAAACUCCGGGAAGCUGCUACGCUCACUCUCGGGAUGCAAGCUACUGUUGAUCAGAUCCAUGUCGCCUGGGCAAGGACUACGGCCUUUGCGAGCCAAGAGACCCAGCUGCAGAUGGCUAGGGAGCUGGCUACGAUGCGCUCUUCUAUUUCACAAUUCGACCACGCACGGAAGGUCUUGGCUGCUCGCUAUAGCGACAUGUUGCGUCUGGCGCACUUCCUCGAGGUGCCUGAGGAGCAAUUCGAGGUCUUUCUGGACCCGCUGAAGCAUCCUUUGGGGGAUCAGGCUCAUGUCAAGCUUGAGCGAAUCUGCGACAAAAUACGGGGUGUGCGGGAAGAGCGAGAUAUGUUCUCACAGCAUGCAUUGCAGAUCUCUGCGAGAGUACCGACCAUCGGUAACAAUCUCAGUGUAUCAGAGGAGAGACGCGUUACGCUCUCUGACAUGGAGCACCUCCAUGUUCUCCUAUUCAAACACUUCGCUACACAGGCCGACAUUCAGGCUGAUUUGUCGCUCUUGAAGCUCGACCUCAGGCCAUGGUGGAUGUCCUUGGCGUGCCAGGAUGGGGUUGAUAUAGACGCGAUCGACCUAGCCAUCGUCGAAGGUGACGCCAGACGAAUCCGUGCUGAUGUAGACAAGCUCGUGGAGAACCAAACUGAGUCCCAGCGCAUAAUGACUCAUGUUCUCCAAAGACAGGAGACUGUUGCGUCGCUCGGAGAGAGCCUACAGAGCAUUGAUGCCAGGUUGUCCUCGCUGGAGGAUUCGUAG